AUGGAAGGCCCAGCUCCAGAGCAGGCUGCACUCCCAGCCUCUGAUCAAGACACAAUCGCGCCUCAACAGACGCCGGAGCGCUCUACUCAGCCUACGCCUACAACUAGAAGUCAUCUCUCGUCCUGCCAAGGCAGAAUGCAUUCACCAACAUAUACUGUCUUAAACGGAGCACCUCGACGGCGGUUUAGAAGUUCGAGACUAGUCGGAGAAUAUGAGAAGCCGUGGCUUGGGGAGUGGAAGCGGGAGACGAACUGGGACAGCAUCAUCUUUUAUUCUGGCGUCUUCAUCGCUCUAUGUAUUUCUGCUUACAUUGCGUGGGACAAUGUCCGGCAUAUCCCCCAAAAUAAAUAUUGUCUGAUUAUGGACGACCAUUUUGCCGAGUUAGACACGAAAGUCUGGAGCCACGAGGUCCAACUAAACGGAUUCGGUACCGGAUCGUUUGAUUGGACCACAAAUGACCCUGCCAACUCCUACGUUGACGAGCAGGGCCUGCAUAUCGUUCCGACACUAACUCUCGACACUACCUCAAUUACCGAGGCACAAAUGCUAGAUAAACACCUUGUUAACCUCACCCAGGACGGAACGUGCACAUCACGAGAACAGAGAAUCUCUACCCUCAACUAUAACAAUCCUUGCUCGGCGGUUAGCAAUGCUACGAGCCGUGCCAUGAUCAAUCCAGUGCGCUCUGCUAGACUCACCACGUCGGGCAAGAAAACCAUCAAGUACGGCCGAGUCGAGGUAGAAGCGAAGCUGCCUUCGGGCGAUUGGAUGUGGCCUGCCAUCUGGAUGAUGCCUCAAGACUCAGUCUACGGCGAAUGGCCUCGCAGCGGUGAGAUCGACAUCAUGGAGUCUCGCGGCAACGACGCUGAAAAGUACCCGCUGGGCAAUAACAUUGUCAGCUCCGCAAUGCACUGGGGCACGCUGUACGAUACGGACGCUUUUCGCCUCAGCAAGGGCGAAUGGGGUUCCAAGCGGACGAAAUACUCGGAUGGAUUCCACACUUUCGGCCUCGAAUGGAACGAAAAGUACCUAUUUACUUGGCUGGACGGGAGACUUCGUCAAAUCGUUUUUUUCGACUUUACCAAGAACAAGAACAUGUGGGAAUACGGGCAGUUCGCUGGUGUCACUGUUAACAAGACGGUUUACAAGGACACAUGGAGCCAAACGGGUCGCUCCAACACGCCUUUUGACCAACCAUUUUACCUCAUUCUCAACGUAGCCGUUGGCUCCACCAACGGUUGGUUCCCCGAUAAACUGGGCGGGAAGCCCUGGUCUGAUGGCAGCUCGGCGCCCAUGCGUGACUUUUGGGAUGCCAAGGAUACGUGGCUACCGAGUUGGGGAGAGGCCAAAAACCGCGGCAUGAUUGUGCGAUCGGUCAAGAUGUGGCAGGAGGGAGCUUGCCCGUCUUAA